AUGUCAUUACGACUCUAUCGCACGCACCCCAUCAUCUUCGCCUAUGGCAUCAUUGUCGGGAUUCUCACGCUCUACUAUUUCCGCACCCUGAUCUGCACGACCUACUCCCUCCUCUCCCUAACCUUUAAUUGGCCACGGGGCGCGCCCGACUUCCUCAUCUCACCCAACGCGGACCGCGACGCUUUUGAUCUCAGCUUUGCGAACUACAGCCGCACGCAGGACUCGGCGGGUCCGUUGUACCGCGACCUCGUCCCACCUGUGCUGCACCAUAUUGCGCUGGGGAGUCACAAGCCGCAGGGGAAAUGGAUCGAUGCGAGGAAUGCGUGUUUGGAGCUGCAUCCGGGAUGGGAGGCGAUGCUGUGGACGGAUGGGAAUGCGGGAGAUUUUGUCAGGGAGAGAUUUCCAGAGUUGCUGCAUAUGUGGGAGCGGUAUGGUUAUACGAUUCAGAGGAUUGAUGCGUUGAGGUAUAUGGUGCUGUAUGAGUAUGGUGGAGUUGUUCUUGAUAUGGAUCUGAAAUGCACAAGAUCGCUAGGUCCGCUACGAAGAUUCAGCUUUGUUGCUCCAGCGGCACAUCCGACGGGUUUCUCGAUUGGGUUCAUGAUGGCGAGUAAAAGGAAUGAGUUCGUGGGGAAGUUGGUGCGCAGUUUGAAGAUGUAUAAUAGGCGGUGGUUUGGAUUGCCAUAUCCGACUGUUAUGUUCAGUACGGGGUGCCAUUAUGCUUCGACAAUCCAUGCCCUGCAACCAAAUAGAUCAGAGUUGAAGAUCCUUGCUGGACCCCUGGACAACUUCAAGCUGCACAGCUUGAACGGCCCUGUUUCGACUCCCAUAUUCAACCAUCUUGGUAGCUCAUCGUGGCACUCUUAUGAUGCAUCUUUAAUUGUUUCGUUAAGUAGGUCUGCCAAGUGGUGGAUACCCUUGUUCGUACUCGGAGCUGCGGCAGCGGUGUUCUUUAUGGUGAGGAGAUUAAAAAUCAAAGGAAUGCUGAGGCGAUAUCAAUCUUAUAGGUCGAUUUUACAUGGCGAGAAGACGUCAGAUACCGAUUUAGAGGGCAGGAUAGCGUGA